GUGACACCGGUUGGCGUCAGCAUCAUUAUGAAGAAAUUGUGUUUGCUUCUUUUGAUGGCACAUUUUGUGACUUCAAGCAGAGAUUCAAAUAAAAUUCUUGAUCGCGACGAAUGGAUUAACAUAGCCAAAGAGUACAUAAAGAAUCACAAGCCAUACAAGGCAAAAAUCUACGAGCCGUACAAACCCCAAAUAGUAAAUUUUACAAACCCAUUCGAAGGAGAUAUUUGGGACACAACCACAGUAGCAAGCAUUGCGGAAUCUACAACCCCCUCGGAUGAGGCGACGACUAAUUAUUUUACUGAGGAAAUAUCCAGCACAACAAGCAGUACUCAGGAUACAACGACAUUGCAGCCUGGAAUUUCAACUACAGAAUCCAUUUUUCUGAUAUCGGAAUCGCCUGAAACCACCACAAGAAUUUUGGAGACCACAACAUCAUGGACGGAAUUUCCGGAAUCAACUACCCAGUCUACCGAUUUUACAACAGAAUCAAGUGAAUCAACCACUGAAAUAUCUUCAGAAGAUCAGAGUACAACUGAAUCUAUGUUCGUAACAUCGGAAGCUCCUGAAACAACUACAAGUAUUUUGGAGUCAACUACAGAAGCUCCGGAAUCAAGAACCAUUUAUUCUACAACAACCAGUCCCGGAUCUUUAGAUUUUUCUACAGAAACAAAUCCAAGCAGUACAGAAUUUCCAGAAUCGACGACCUUCAUUGAGAAUUUAUCUACACCAUCUACAGGUAUUACAGAAAUUAGUCCAAUUACUACAACAUUGCCGGAAUCAACGACAAUCAUUGGAGAUUUCUCUACAGCAUCAACAACAUUGCCGGAUUCAACUACCCAAUAUAACGAUUUUACAACAGAAUCAUAUGAAUCAACCACUGAAAUUUCUUCAGAUGAUCAGAAUCAUAGUACAAAUGAACUAUUAUUAACCACUGAAAGCCAGGAAACCUCUACAUCUCUGCUGGAAAUCAUUAGCACCACUCCAGGCAUAGAAACUACAACCUCAUACCUUGAUACAGUGAUUGACAGCACAGAAGUGGAGAGUUCGACACCAUCUGGAUUUAAUUUGACAACUGAAAUAAUUCAAAGUCAAGAAGAAACCACAACUCCCAGUCGAAAAUAUUUCUUGGAGGAGUCUGUAAGACAUAGGCCAAGAAAAAUGAAGUAUACUUCAGACACAGAGCCCGAAAUUUACUGGUACUAA